UAGUAGACUGCUGAUAAGCACUUUUUUGUUUUUUCCACUUCCAUAAGUUGCUUUCCUGUUGAGCUGCCAUCACGUUUGCGUUAAGUAUUUCCGUAUUACGAUUCUAAUGCGCAGACAUAGCAAAGUUGUAAGCUACCAGUCACUAGCACAGUCAUUGCUUGGUGAUCGAUUUGUGAUUCUGACCACCAGACAUCCCGCUGAUUAACCAGCGCUUUCGAUAAUGGUGGACUCCAGCGAGCACACAGCAGAAAACUUCGCUGGCCGAGGGUUUCGGACUGGGGAGCUUAUUAUGGAAUGCGAACCCUGGGUAUGGUCACUGGAAUGGGAUAAUCAAAGUGUAUUUUGUGCGUAUUGCCUGAAACGCACGUCGGAUUUGAAAACCUGCACGCAGUGCCACACGUAUCGCUACUGCGGCGAAGAUUGUCAGAAACUGGACUGGAAGAAGGAGCACAAACUCGAGUGUUUUUUGCUGAAAGGUAUCAGCUACUACAGGACAGAAAUAAGCCGAUCCAUCUCCAAGUUCGAAAUGAAUUCGUUGUUCACGGUGGAAGUGUUGAUGCUGAUAAAGAUGAUGAACAAGAUAUAUGUGCGGUGUUGUGAUCUGACCCGUUUCCCUUUUAACUGGCCCUUAAAAGAACGCCGCCAGCUGUUUGAGAAAGAAUUCGGACAUGCAUGUAGUUGCCGUAAAUGCACACCGUAAUAUGAAGCAGAGAUUAAUCCGUUAAAGUGUAUGACCAAAGGAUGUUCGGAACGCAUACCCAGUGACGAGCGAGCCUUACUCCCAUGCGAGGUGCGGCGCCAUUAACGAAGCCAAACUGCUCAAACUGAAAGCUGUAAUGAAGAAAUAUGCAGAUCUCUUUGAUAUGUGCGCUCGUCAAGUGGAAAAUUUGGAUUCUGAUGAAAGCCUUACCAGACGGAUUCAUCUGCUGCAAGAACUGGAGUCGGCUGAUGUUUUGCAGCCUGAUGCUCAUAUACGCUUUAUCAGCGGAUGGAAUGUGGCGCGAUUUUACGAGAAUACGAACCGCUGUCAUGAGGCACUAAAACUGUAUCGCGAAUUGGUAGUUUGCGUUCGGUGCGCUUUGACAAAACGGUAGCAUGACUAAUUUGUUUGACAGGUAUGACGUUUUGCAGUACUGUCUUUCCGCCUCUUCAUCUUCAUCGGGCUCGUUAUAUUCACUGGGCGGGAUUGUGUGCACCGAACUGGUGGAAUCAGUCGCUGAGCAUGUUAGGCGGGGGCGACGGAAGCCGCAAACCCUCGGUGACGCUUAUCAAGGUUGCCCUUCGGGAAGCAGUAGACUGGUUACACGAGUCCUUCGAGAUUUACCGGAAACUGUAUGGGAAAGAUUGCACAAUAGCUGGGGAAGCUGCUGUCAUGCUAAACGGGGCAAAGUUUAUGCUGAGCCGGUUAUGAGCGGAACUUUGAAGUUUGAAUCAUUUCCUUAACAAAUAUUUCGUAGUAAAACUAGAAGAGUAGCAUCAUCGUAUAUCUAUAUGUAUACUGCUCGUAUUCAUCAUUCUUUAGAUUUCAAUACUGCGGAUCAUGCGGUGAUGGAAAAUGACUGUUUUUUAUUUCUGUAUUUUGAUUGACUAUUUUUGUUC